GUUUACUAUAAUCCGGGUUUCCACGGCUAGCUGCAAGUGUUUCGAAUUCAGUUUCUUGAACGAGCUCCCCGACCCGCUCAAACAUCCUUGGAUGGGCCAUAGUGCGACGCUUGUUAUUCAUCUAAUCAAUGUCUUCCCUCUUCAUUUUACACCCGAGCUUACAGAACGUAUUUUCACCCGUGGAAGUUACAAGACGGCUGUCUAAUGAACGGCUCAGCCUUGGCGUCGCUUGCUUGAGUCGUAUUAAUUGCCAGUCCUGAAUUCCAUCCCGCGGAGUCAACAUCAAUAUAGCUAUGAACCUGUUCCUUCUUGCUCUUUAAAUACCUACCCCUGGGAUGAAUACGUCGCCCCUCAGUGGUCUCUGGGUCGGAUCCUACGAUUAGACCCAAACAGCUUCCCAAGAUGUUCUAUGAACCCACAGAAAUUUGAAAAUUCACCCUCGAAACAGCCAGUAGCUGCUAAAUUGGAAAAUCUGUUGACGGCAAACACUGGUGCCACUCCACAAGAAGUGUGGAUCUUUACACGGGGGAAUAUCGCCAAAUUGGUGUCUCAUCGCUUGCUUCACACUCCCGUUCUGCCGCAUAUCCUACUGCCAGGGAAGGUUGAGGGUGUGCCCACAGAAUUCCAUCAGAAGGCGCCUGUCCUUUGCGAACGUUUGGGUAACGUCAACAGGAAUCUGUUGUUUCAAGAACCCGCGUCGGAUCGUAGUCCUGCGGAUCUCGAGGCUGUAGAUACCGGCGCCAAAGAAAACUGUGGUGGCUAGCUUCUGAGUUUUCAUAUCUCUCAUCCUAAUUCAUGUUCAUUUUGCAUAUUGAUUGUAUUGAUUGCAACGACA